CAGAAACUCCGAAUGUCUUGUUUCGUUUGAAGCGAGAGGUAGCAUUGGUUGUAUCCAAUGGAGAAGUUGCAUGAACUAACUGCUGAAGACAAUAAAAACUGUUUGACUCCGCUAGAGAAUUAAUAGUCUUUCAGUUACGUGCUAGCGAAUUGCUCUUUUCAAGAUGCCCGAGAUUAAAGUAACACCACUUGGUGCUGGUCAAGAUGUUGGACGCAGCUGCAUCCUGGUCUCAAUUGGAGGCAAAAACAUAAUGCUUGACUGUGGGAUGCAUAUGGGAUACAACGAUGACAGACGAUUUCCUGAUUUUUCGUACAUAACACAGAAUGGAAGGCUUACGGAAUUUCUGGACUGUGUCAUCAUAAGCCAUUUCCAUUUGGACCACUGCGGUGCUCUUCCCUACAUGAGUGAGAUGAUCGGUUUUGAUGGGCCCAUAUACAUGACUCAUCCCACAAAGGCCAUCUGUCCAAUUCUGCUGGAGGACUUCAGGAAAAUCACUGUGGACAAGAAAGGAGAGACCAACUUUUUCACCUCACAGAUGAUCAAAGACUGCAUGAAAAAAGUGAUUCCUCUGAAUCUACACCAGACAGUGCAGGUUGACGACGAACUGGAGAUUAAAGCCUAUUAUGCAGGCCAUGUACUGGGAGCUGCAAUGUUCCAGAUCAAAGUGGGAUCAGAAUCUGUGGUCUACACUGGUGAUUAUAACAUGACACCAGACAGACAUUUAGGAGCGGCUUGGAUUGACAAAUGCCGACCAGACAUUCUGAUUUCCGAGUCAACCUAUGCCACCACAAUUCGGGACUCCAAACGCUGCAGGGAGAGAGACUUUUUGAAGAAGGUCCAUGAGACGGUAGAGAGAGGGGGGAAGGUCCUCAUUCCUGUGUUUGCCCUUGGACGAGCUCAAGAGCUCUGCAUUCUUUUGGAAACCUUUUGGGAGAGAAUGAACCUGAAAGCUCCCAUUUACUUCUCCACGGGCCUCACAGAGAAAGCCAAUCACUACUACAAACUCUUCAUCACCUGGACCAAUCAGAAGAUCCGCAAAACCUUUGUACAGAGAAACAUGUUUGAGUUCAAACACAUCAAGGCAUUCGAUCGGUCCUAUGCAGACAACCCUGGGCCAAUGGUGGUGUUUGCCACCCCAGGAAUGCUUCACGCUGGCCAAUCCCUCCAAAUAUUCAAGAAAUGGGCAGGGAAUGAUAAGAAUAUGGUCAUUAUGCCAGGGUACUGUGUGCAAGGUACAGUGGGUCACAAGAUUCUAAAUGGCCAGAAGAAACUGGAGAUGGAGGGCAGAGCCACGCUGGAAGUGAAGCUGCAGGUGGAGUACAUGUCCUUUAGCGCUCAUGCUGACGCUAAGGGCAUCAUGCAGCUGAUCCGCAUGGCUGAGCCACGCAACAUGCUGCUAGUGCACGGAGAGGCCAAGAAGAUGGAGUUUCUCAAGGACAAGAUCGAACAGGAGUUUAGCAUCAGUUGUUUCAUGCCAGCCAAUGGAGAGACGACCACAGUGACAACCAACCCCAGUGUCCCUGUGGACAUCUCACUGAACCUGCUCAAGAGAGAGAUGGCACUCGGAGGCCCUUUGCCUGACCUGAAGAAGCCUCGCACCAUGCAUGGAACCCUGAUCAUUAAAGACAAUAGUCUGAGGCUGGUCUCUCCAGAGCAGGCGUUAAAAGAGUUAGGCCUGACAGAACACCAGCUACGGUUUACGUGUCGUGUGCAACUCCAGGAACCCCACAGUGACCAGGACACCCUCAACCGCAUCUACACACACUUAAAAAGUGUGCUUAAAGGCUAUACAAUACAACACCUCCCUGAUGGCGCGGUCAUGGUGGAGUCUAUUGUCAUUAAGGUGACCUCCUCAGCUGAGGAGCCUAACCUCAAAGUCAUCCUGCUGUCCUGGAGCUAUCAGGAUGAAGAACUCGGGAGUUUCCUGUCCACUCUGCUGAAGAAAGGGCUUCCUUCAGGACUGUAAUUAAUGUGUUACUGUCAAAAUGAGCUAUUUUAGUACAAUUCUGUUUUCAAUAAAACAUUUAU